UCCAGCGAGCAGAGGCGGGGCCUGUGCAGGCAGGGGACAACAGACGCUGCAGGUGCCAGGCUGGAGGCACAGAGGGAACCAAACAUCUGCAGCCAUCACAGCCAUGGAGCUCUAUCUGGACCUGGUCUCUCCUCCAUGCCGCUCUGUCUACCUGUUGGCCAGAGCGCUCGGGAUCCCCUUCGAAUUCAAGCUGGUUGAACUCUCAGCAGGGCAGCAAUACACCGAGGAGUUUGGACAACUCAGCGUUGUGAGGAAAGUUCCUGUCAUGAAGGACGGCAGCUUCGUUCUAACAGAAAGCACUGCCAUCCUGUUGUACCUGGUGCAGAAAUGCUCGGCAUCAGUAGCCGACCACUGGUUUCCAGCUGACCUGCAGCAGCGAGCUCGUGUCAAUGAAUACUUGUCCUGGCAGCACCUCAACCUGAGAGCUCACUGUUCAAAGGUCUUCCUGCUCAAGACUCUGUAUCCAUUCGUCAUGGGCUCCGAGGCCCCGAAGGAGAAAAUGGACGUGGCUCUCGAGGAUAUGAAGCAGUCGCUCGACCUGCUGGAGGAAAAAUUCCUCCAGGACAAACCGUUCAUCGUCAGCAGUGAAAUCUCUCUGGCUGAUCUGGUGGCUCUGGUGGAGAUCGUGCAGCCUCUUGGAACCGGCGUGGAUGGGUUCGAGGGCCGACCAAAGCUGAUGGCCUGGAGAGACCGAGUGAAGAAGGAGCUCGGUGAAAACCUGUUCGACCAAACUCACGAGAGGCUCCUGGACAACAAAGGCCUGCAGCAGAAGAUGCAGAGCAACAGCCAGCUGGAGAAGCUCAAACCCAUUCUGCUGCAGAAGUUUUUCCGCUGACAGAAAAAAACAAAACAGCUUUUGUGUUUGAUUUUUGUAACAAAACUCCCGUGUUGGUUUGAAAUGAAAUAAAAAAUAUAUAUAUUUGAA